AAAUCGACUCAAGCAGCAAGAUAAAUUCACUAUCGAGGGAUUUAUAAACAAAUUCAUUGCUAAUAUCACGGAACAUCAACAAUCUUUGGAAUUAAAGGCCGAAAGUAGCAGUAGUACCUCUUUUUUCUCUUUGAACUCUGAUCAAACCGAUGCAGAAAUACCCAUUGACACUGAAGAAUCAGUAGAAAAAGAUUAUCGUACAGUGAGUAGAAGCCUGAAGAGAGUUAUUCAUAAAGACUUCGACUAUAAUAGUUUUUUACACCAUAUGGAAGAACUACAAAAAGAAUGCAGCUUAUGUGCACAAGGAUUAUCUCAAGCAACGGGCUUAUUUACUGAAUCAGUAAUAUCUGGUGCUAUUUUUCCUACGAAGCCUGAAUCAUACUUUGAUUACAGCUGUAUCGGUCUUACAGAAUUAACAGCACAUGUAGGGCAAAAACAAAUUGCUAUCUUGAAUCGUAAAGAGAAAGAAUUCCUACAUAGGAGUGAUACUUUUACUCAUCUGGGUUUUUGGCGCAUACUAUCAAAUUGUGUUGGGGGUAAAUCAAGCUCCAAAAGCCAGCAUGCAGUUAUUACAUUUAUCAAAAACAAUUUAGAAGAUCAAUACAAGCAUACUUUUGUCUCAAAUCCUACGAUUGCAUACGUCUGCCGUCAAUACUACGUUAACUUUACAAAUUUAUGGACCUUUCAAAAAUACAUGCAAGACUUAAAAGUGGUUAUAACUCUUACUAUAAGAGCUAAUCUUUGCAGGCAAAGAUUCUUUUCCAAGUCUUCCACGGUGUCUUCCAAAGCCCCCUCACCUAAUAGAAGUUCCUCCGCAAAAAAGAAGACCAAUCGAUUAUUUUUAAUGAAUGAGCUCUUCGAUUGUUUAUUGAUACACAAUCAACAUAAAAAAAGUGGAAAACUCUUUGUCAUCGAAAAUUUAGUAGAAAAAUUGUUUCAAUCUGCGGAUACAGCUACCAACGUAGAAAGAGCAAUCACCGGUAUGGAUCCUCCAUCGUUAGAUGUCAGUAUGUUCUCUUUAGAAAAUGAAAAUGAACUCGAAGACGAAGAAGAUCUAGUAGUUACUUCAUUUUCAGACUUUGACGAUGUCAAAGCGGUUACUUUGGAUUACGCACAGAAGGAUUUAACAGCCAAGGAGGUGAGAGCGCUAUCCGCAGUUUGUAUAAUGCUAAUACAGUCAUGGAACACUGAAGAAGAAGUGGACGCUGACAACAUAUUUGAAAAGUCGUAUUGCAAUUCGCAAGAGAGUAUACCUCGAACAGCUCUUACUUUUUGUGCAAAAAUGGUCAAUGGUCUUAUAAAAAUGCGGUGUAAGAAGGAAGAGGAGUGCCUUGGAAGUUUUUUUUGGAAUGAGAAAGCUCCGAAAUUCGGUUGUGGCAUUCGCCAAAGAGCAUAAUACAAAGAAUGGGAAUCUAUAGCUUGCAUCCGACUACACAAAAAAAAGUCUCUAUUAGGUUGGACAGUAAAUCUCUGUAUCUACU